UGCGUGGGAGCCAAAGGACCCGUUUCCAGCUGCAGCCAGCAUCUCCAGACGGGAGUGGUCUCAGGCCAUGGUCAGAUCCCUGAUCUAUUACCAGGGACGGGCUGCUGGGGUGACAUGUCUUGUGGGAGCCCGAAAAUCCUACAGUUGCUGGACUACAACAUAUCCCCUGGGGCCUGGAAGGCCUGAGCACUGGGGAGGGAGCUGUUUGGCUUCAGCUUCACACAGCCCUUUUGAUUUUGAAGUUUUUCAAUUUUUCAAUUGUUUACUUUUUCGGCCCCUGAGGGAAACAGGAGAACUUCCUGGAGUUUGUUAUUGCUCUCAUUUCUUCAAUAGGCGCUUUGACUUUCAUUUUCUAUUCUAGUAAAAGAACUAGUACUAUGUAAGCUCCACCCUGAUCGUCCUUCACAAUCCUGCUGCUGCCUGCAGACUGUGGCAGUCCCAGCCCGUCAGGAAUAUGGCCAUGCAAGCUCCAAGCCCCGCGGGCCCCAGCCCCGGACAGACCUGCGUGCUCGUCCUCAUCUUCACCGUGCUGCUGCAGGCUCUGUGCGUGGCCGUGACCUACGUGUACUUCACGAACGAGCUGAAGCAGCUGCAGGACAAGUACUCCAGAAGUGGCAUUGCUUGCUUCUUAAAUGAAGAGGACAGCUCAUGGGACCCCAGUGAUGAAGAAAGUAUGAACAACCCUUGCUGGCAAAUAAAGUGGCAACUACGUCAGCUCGUGAGAAAGAUGAUUUUGAGAAACUUUGAGGAAACCAUUCCUGCAGUUCAAGAAAAGCAGCAACAUAUUCCUUACCUAGGAAGAGAAAAAGGUCCUCAGAGAGUAGCAGCUCACAUCACUGGGAACAGUCAGAAAAGAAGCAUCUUUCCAUCUCCAAGCUCCAAGAAUGAAAAGGCUUUGGGCCAGAAAAUUAAUUCCUGGGAGUCAUCAAGGAAAGGACAUUCAUUCCUAAACAAUUUACACUUGAGGAAUGGAGAGCUGGUUAUCCAUCAAACGGGGUUUUAUUACAUUUAUUCCCAAACAUACUUUCGAUUUCAGGAACCUGAAGAAACUGCAGGAGCAGUUUCGAUAGAACAAAACAAAAAGAAAAGCAAACAAAUGGUACAAUAUAUUUACAAAUGCACAAGUUACCCUGAUCCUAUAUUGCUGAUGAAAAGUGCCAGAAAUAGUUGUUGGUCUAAAGAUUCAGAAUAUGGACUUUACUCCAUCUAUCAAGGGGGAAUAUUUGAGCUUCAGGAAAACGACAGAAUUUUCGUUUCUGUAACUAAUGAGCAGUUGAUUGACAUGGACCAAGAAGCCAGUUUUUUCGGGGCUUUUUUGAUUGGCUAAAUGAUCUGCAAGGAAAAAACGAUCUCCCAAAAGUGACCAUUCACUCUACAGGUUGACAUACUGUGAAAGAAAAUGUUCUAACAGAUCUGACGAAGACAGACAGACUAAGCAGAGCAGCCUCUAACAAAAUAAUCUGCACCGUAAACUUCUCAAUGACUCUGAAAAGUGACCCACUUGUUUCAAGAAAGUGAAAUUGCCAAAAGGCAUUUCAGGGUUCCACAUGACAUCAGUUUUCUUGUAGAAAUCUUGAAGAUUCUCAGCUUCAAAAUAAUUUUACAGUGGUGAUCAUCUCUUUUUAUCAUCUACUCCUUGCGAAGAUUCCAGAAGAAAGAGCAACAAUUCAUCUCUUGUUCCAUAAACUUCCACGGUGCUAGCUUCCAGUUUGCCUUAACAGAUAACUUUUCCCAAAGUUAAAAGAUCAAGUGGCCCCACUAAAAGGCCAUGACCUUGGGAGGCAAUCUGCAAGAUAUGCAAUGUGCAAAGGGAAUUUGCACCGUAGAAGACUCUGCAGGAGUUGGUGCAUACACCUAGAUUUGGUGAAAAUAAGAAAUUUUGACUCAGAAUACCAUCAUUUUGUAAUAAAAAUCUUUCAAAUAAUGUUCUGUUCAGCAAACAGGGAACUAGCUUCAAGUGGUUUUUGCUUUUCACUAUGGAAAAGUAAGGUGGCCAAGAGCACUGAAAUAUUUUUGAUAAAGGACUCUAAAUUACUGGACAGUAAAUCAGACAUCAGGGAAUUUGGUCGCACAGAGCAGGAGCAGAAUUGCAAAAGUGAAAAUUACAAACAUAGGCAAAUCAUCAGAAAUGAGACAAAUUGAAAGUUUGCCCCAAAUGCCAAUCUCUGGUAUAUAUCUGCUCACAUAUGUGUCAUUUAUUUUGCCCCUCCAAAAGAACAACAAUUACUUUUAUCUUCCAAAAUCAGAACAAAAAUAUUUCAUUUCACCAUUUUAUCUAGCCAGUUGGGGAAAAAAAUUACUUGGCAUAUUUGUCCAAUCUCCUGUAAUUGUUAUUCCUAAAUACAGCAUAGCUUAUACUCUUUUGACUAUAUGUUCAAAUGUUCAUUUAAAUGUGUUCUAACCAAAUAGAUCCUUUUCUAAAAAAGAAAAAAGAUGGCCAAUUUAAAGCCUUUAUAAAACUUUUAAAAGUUUCUAAUUAUCCAUUUAGUGAAUUAUUAAUGGUCCUUUCACCUAGAACCUGAAUAAUUUCUUACCAUCUUAUCAGUCCCUUUAGAGGUACUCAGGAAAUGCAAACCCACUUAUCCAUUCUUGCCAAAGUACUAUAUAAAUACAAAUAUUUCACUAUUGCUUGCUAUUCUAACCACUCUAGUAUGGAUAUUGCCAGCUGUGGUGGUUUGGAGCUGUAUGUACCCCAGAAAACCAUGCUCUUGAACUUGGUCCUUUCCUGUGGGUGUAAACCCAUUGUAGGUAGGACCUUUUGAUGGGGUUACUUCAGUUAAGAUGUGACCCAGGAUGGGUCCUUUAUAAGCAGAAUGAAAUUAGGACAAAAGGAGAGGGCCACAGAAGGACCAGCCAGAGGUUGGGCAUCAACAGUGCCCAGAAGAGAAGGGAGAAGACAGCAGAUGCCACUGUGUGCCUUGUUAUGAUGAACUAGGGACUGGGGAUCACCAGUGGCCUGACCCAGGGUGCCAGUCUGGGGGGUGGGGUGGUGUCACAUUGAGGAUGCCUUAAUUUGGACUUUCUUUUGGCCCCAGAACUGUGAGCCAAUGGACUUCUAUUAUGUGACCCAACCCACGUCAUGGUAUUUGCUAGAACAGCCCUGGAAACUAAAACAGAUUUUGGUACCAAGAAAGUGGGGUCUUGUGAUUGCAAAUACCAAAAAUGUGGAAAUGGCUUUGGAACUGGAUAAUGAGUAGAGGCUGGAAGAAUUGUGAGGUGCU